AUGGCCCCGCGCGCGGCCGCUGAGCCGUGGUUUGACGAUACCACGGAGCCCGAGCCUCACGCCGCGCGGCGGAAGAAGAUCCUUGAAGCACACCCUGAGGUGAGGGGCCUGUUCGGACACAACCCCGAGCUGAAGUGGCAGGCGCUGUGUCUGGUUGGAGUCCAGCUCUCCGUGGCCUACUACACGAGGCUGAUGUCCUGGCCGGUACUGAUAGCCGUAGCGUACUUUUUCGGUGGCUUUCUCCAGCAUGGUCUAUGGUCUGUGAUCCAUGAGUGCAGCCACAACCAGGCGUUCGGUUACAAGUACCCGCUGCCGAACCAGCUGCUGGGGAUUCUGGCCAAUCUGCCGAUGGGCUUUCCGUGCGCCGUGGCGUUCAAAAGGUAUCAUCUGAUGCACCACAAGUACCAGGGCAACGCCAAGAUGGACGCAGACGUGCCGACGGAGUUCGAGGCGCGUCUGUUCGGCACGUCUGCGAUCGGGAAACUGAUCUUCGUGAUCCUGCAGCCGUUCUUUUACUACACGCGGCCGUUGUUCGUGAACCCGCUGCCGCCCACCCGGCUGGAGCUGUUCAACAUCGCCGUCCAGCUGGCGUUCGACUACGUCCUCCUCUCCCACUGGGGCCUGAAGCCGUUCGUCUACCUCAUCGGCGGCUUCUUCUUAACCAUGGGCCUCCACCCGUUAGCCGGUCACUUCAUCUCCGACCACAUGCAGCUGACCAAGGGCCACGAGACGUACAGCUACUACGGCUGGAUGAACCAGCUCAUGUGGAACGAGGGCUACCACAACGAGCACCAUGACUUCCCGAACGUGCCCAACAAGCGUCUGUCCGAGCUGCGUGACAUGGUGCCCGAGGUGUACUCCCAGCUGCCCAGCUACGACUCCUGGCCGGGUGUGGUGUGGCGCUUCAUCACCGACCCCAGCGUGUCGCUCGGUAGCAGGAUCCGCCGACUGGAGGUACCACAGAAGGCGGCGACGAACGUGUCUCCCUCUUGGUCGACUGAAGAGGGAGACACGACUGGAGAGUGA